UCGCGUUUUUUGGGCAACAUGGAUUGCGGAACCAGAUACGGCUUGAUUGGGGACAGUUCUUUAUACACGAAACGGAACAACAACAAGAAGAAGUCCUACAUCUCCAGCGUCUUGCGUGAGAAGUACCGUUUCGUGAACCUCACCGAGCGGAUCUUCCCAGGGGGUGGUGUGCUGGACCUGCAAGCCUACUUGCAAGAUGGGCCAGAAUUUGAUGUCUUGGGUGUGAGUUACUUCGGAAAUGAACAUACGAAGGGCCGCAUGGACGUGAAGAUCCAGCGUGACCUGUGGAAGGAUGUCUUCCGCCUGUUGAGCAGAAAGGUUCGGAGCCGGGUGGUGUUUUUUGUGGGAGGAUAUGCAGAGAAGUAUACCUUUGGCAAGGUGUACGACGACAAUCUGAACAUCGUCAAGAGGUGGAUCCGAGAUGCAGGUUUUCAAGUUGUGGAAGCGCGCCAGGAGGUGAGUCGUUGGCAACUGGCUGCGGACAAGUUGCAUUUCGCUGUGGAUUGUCUGCCAGAGCUGGCUGCCUUUUGGAGCCAGCUGCUCAAACCUCGGAAAUUCGUGAGACCCGGGAAGCUCCAGACUGCGAAGCGCAAAAGCGAGGCAGAUGCGGCGCAGAUGGAACCAAAGAGGGCGCGCAAGGAUCCCCGAGACAAGUGGCUCCUUCCUGCACCACAAAAUCGUCGCGAUUUUCAGCAGCGCCCGGUGAAUUGGAGUGAUCUCAACUCAGACAGCAGCGAUGACUGGACAAAGGGCCAAGAAAGGGCUGCACGUUUGGAGCGAGACAAGAAGAAACUGAAUGAUGAGCUUGCGAUGCGGCGGACGAUGAUGCUGAAAGCACGUGGCCUGCUGCCCGCUGAGCCCAAAAAGGAGCCCCGGCACGUUCCGCCGCGGCGCCUCUAGCUCAUGAAGUGGCGAUGCCACGUUUCCGCGGACCAUGAACUGGAUCCAUCAUUAGGAACAUCCAAG